UAUGACGGAAGUUCGAACAAAUAUACCUUCCUUUUCAACUGUUACUUCUAGUUUUAUAUCUUAUAUAAUUUCGUUGCCAUUGCUGACUACAACCAUCGCAUGUAUAUCAAUUUUAUUAUAUGUGGUGGAUGCAGUACAAAUAUUCAAUUCGAAAAUUGUUAUUUAUGAAGCGCUAUCACUUUUACCCGAAGCAUUCUUUGACAGCGGGCAAGUGUGGCGUUUGAUUACAUAUCCUUAUCCACAUUAUUCACUUGGAAAUAUACUUUUUAAUUUACUCGCAUUUUUACCUUUAAGUACAGCAAUAGAACAUACUAUUGGUUCUCUGAUUUUCGGUUAUAAAGAAAUUGGAGUUGGAGGGUUAAGUGCUUGGAUAUUUGGUGUUGUGGUUUGGGAAAGUAGAGAAUUAGCUGGACGUGAAAGAGACAUAUUUGGAUUGUUUAGAGUUCCGGCACAUUUUUAUCCUAUUGUAUUAUUAUUAUUGAUGGAAAUUUUAUUUAAUCAUAAAUGGUUUGCAAGUCACUUAUGUGGCUUAUUUGUAGGAUAUUUUUAUUCCUUUGGAUAUUUAUCGCAUAUAUUACCAUCUUCGGGAUUUUUUUCGAAUUUAGAAAGUAAAACGGCACUUUCACAUUUGUCAAAUUUACGUGGAUUUGUUAAAGCGGAAGAUUUUUGA